UGCUCCUCCGCCCCAUCCGCCCACCGUCACGUGACAGCUGGCGCCUGACUCCAGGCUCAGGGUCGCUUCGGCGGCGAUGGCUCGAGCGGAGCUCCGGUGCCCCCGAUUGCCGCCGCUGUUGCUGUUGCUGCUGCUGCUGCUGCCGCCGCCGCCGCUGCCAGCCUUCCUCCACUCCAGCGCCGCCGCCGCCGCCGUCGAUCCCCCCGCCUGGGCUCCGGAGCUGGACCAGCCUUUCCAGAUCCCCGAGGGAUGGAUCUCCCGGGGCCGCGUAGCUCCCGCCGAGAGGCUGAGCCUGACUUUUGCGCUCCGGCAGCGGAACGUGGGGCGUCUGAGAGAGGUGGUGCGGCGCGUGUCCUCGCCCGAUUCGCCCGACUACGGGCACUUCCUGUCGCUGGCAGAGGUGCGCUCCCUUGUUUCUCCGUCUUCCCUGACGCUGAGCAGCGUGGACAAAUGGCUCGAGGCUCACGGUGUCCGGGCCUGCCAGAGGGUCAGCACCAUGGACUUCCUGCAAUGCUCAGUGCCGGCUAGCACUGCUGAGCGCCUGCUCCCGGGGGCGCAGUUCCACCGUUAUGUGAAAGAUGCUCGCAGUGUCGUGAGGUCCCCUCUGCCCUAUGUGCUUGAUCAGGAGCUAGCAGAGCAUGUGGAUUUUGUGGGGGGGCUGCACCGUUUCCCAGCUGAACGGAAGGAGCUGAGCCGGGCCUGGGCUGUGGAGAAUUCACCACUAGGACGGGACAGGCGGCCUGCUUUCCACCUGGGCGUGACACCAGCUGUGCUCCGCCAGCGAUACAACCUGACCUAUGCAGAUGCGGGCACCUUUUCCCACAGCAGCCAGGCCUGUGCCCAGUUCCUCGAGCAGUACUUCCACCAGGCUGACCUGGCCGAAUUCAUGCAUCUCUUUGGGGGAACGUUCCCUCACCGCUCCCGGGUUGACCAGGUCGUUGGCCAUCAGGGCUCCGGCCCCGCUGGCUUGGAGGCCAGUCUGGAUGUGGAGUACCUCAUGAGCAUGGGCGCCAACAUCUCCACCUGGGUCUUCAGCAACGCAGGGCGCCACGAGAGCCAGGAGCCCUUCCUGGAGUGGCUGGUCCUGCUGAGCAACACCAGCAUGCUGCCGUGGGUGCACUCAGUCAGCUACGGGGAUGACGAGGACAGUCUCUCCCGGGCCUACCUGGAGCGGGUGAACACCGAGUUCGUGAAGGCAGCUGCCCGCGGCAUCAGCAUCCUCUUUGCCUCGGGUGAUUCUGGGGCAGGUUGCCGGGCAGUCUCGGGCGGGGAGCACACCUUUCGACCCAGCUUCCCAGCCUCCAGCCCUUUUGUGACAACAGUUGGCGGGACGUCCUUCCAGCAGCCCUUCCUGGUGGGUGCCGAGGUCACGGACUACAUCAGUGGAGGCGGGUUCAGCAAUGUCUUCCCAAUGCCCGAUUACCAGGUAACAGCUGUAAAGCAUUUCCUGAGCACAUCACCUCGGCUGCCCCCCGCCAGCUAUUACAACGGCACAGGCAGAGCCUAUCCAGAUUUGGCGGCCCUGUCAGACAACUACUGGGUGGUGGUCAACCGCAUCCCCAUGCCCUGGGUCUCAGGCACCUCGGCCGCCACUCCCGUGGUGGGGGGCAUCAUCGCCCUGAUCAAUGACCGGCGCCUCCAGCGAGGACUGCCGCCCCUGGGCUUCCUCAAUCCUGCCCUCUACCAGCUCCAGGGAGGAGGGAACAACACAGCCCUGUACGACGUGACCCAUGGAUGCCACCUGUCCUGUCUGGAUGCUGUCGUGCAAGGCCAGGGCUUCUGUGCCACCCCUGCUUGGGACCCAGUCACAGGCUGGGGGACCCCUAACUUCCCAGAGCUGCUGCGUGCCCUUCUGGCCUAGUGUGCCAUGGGGCUGGCCUUUCUGGCGGCCUGCUCUGCGGCCAGGAUGGGAAAGAAGGGGACGGACUGGGGCCGUGGGUCUGGUGACCUGGAGGCUACAGGGGGGCGUGGGGGGCUACCCUGCCCCUGCCCCAAGGGGGUUCCUCUUUUCCAAAGAGGAACCGCAGCUGGGGCGAUCUUCUGUCAGGACUAAUCCCAAGAAGUCCACGGCUGCGGACCAGCAGCUGCUGCCAACAAUGCAGUUUGGUCUCCGGAGGUGAUGGUAGGAAAGGAAGCUGAGGGCAAGGGGGUGUUAGCGCUGCACAAAAUUUUUCAAAAUGGUUUGAGUGCAGAAUCCCACAGAUUCCUAUUUCAAGUGUGAAAUGAGCUGUUUCCAGUACUUGAGGCACGUGGGGCUUGCAGUAGACCCACUCUGUUUUGAACGCAAAUGCUUCAAAAUGCCCCCAAAUAGCCUAUUCCCCGUUUGCCAUCUUGCACACCUCUAGCAGCUGCAGACGGUAUCUGACCCAAGCUCCCCUGCAGGCCUUGUUGCUGUGUAGAAACACUUCAGAUUGCACAGGAGAAGCCACGCUCUGGUGGUGGACAGGGCGUCCUAGUCCACCUUUGAGACAUUGCCCCAAAUCCCAGGCUUGGAUGGAGCCGUUGAGACCAUCGACUCCAAGCCUAAUCAUGGCAGGAAUUCAGGAUUCUCAGACAAGGCCGGAAUACAUCAUCCUUGUAAUGGUCGCCUCUUCUAAAACACCAUCAGACUCAUAAGCAGGGUUUCAAAGAUAUCUGAUUUAUUAAAGAACAGCAUGCAGGAUCACAGAGAAAGCUGAGAAUGAUGAAAGCGCGCCAAACGCAAACUAAAAACCCUCGGUGCAAACAAAAUCCCUCCCCCCGUAGAAUCUUCUCAAGUCCACAACCCCAGGUGCUCCCAAUGGCUUCUGAUGGUCUGCGGGAAAAGGCCUUGAGCAGAGAAAAUAACUCAAACACAUUCCAUUCUCCUGAUUCCACAUACAGAGCUUGGUACAAGGUCUCACAGCAGCUCCCCCUCAAACAGAAACACGCGUCAGCGCCAUGGCAUGUGAAACGUUACGAUGUAUGAACUACAUUGAAACAGUGAACAUGACAAUCCCUUUCCUGAAUGCAUGGCUCCACCAUCCAACCAUUUUUCCUGUCAGGACAUUUUUCUUUACACUCAGUUGAAAUCUGCCUUCCUGCAACUUAAAUCUAUUAUUUUGUGUCCUGCACUCUGAAGUGAUGGACAUCCUGACAGCUCUGAAGUAACUUGAAGAGGGCGAUCAAGAUCUCUCCCCCCCCCCUGCUGGCUUUCUUCAAGGCUAAGCCUUUCUACAUCCUUUAGUCUCUGUCUUGGUUUCCAGUCCCCUGAUCAUUCUUUAUCCUUCUCUUUAACCUGCUCAUUUCUCUGAACCCUAAAGUGUGUUGGUCAGAACUAUCACAUGAAGCAGAAUAAGCUGAAAUAGUUACUUCCCAGAAUCUUGGGAAGCUACAGAUUUUAGAAAAUAAAUUGCUUCUGUUUAUUCAGCCUAAAAUUACAUUUGCCCUUUUUGCAUCCAGUUCACACUGCUGGCUCAGAUUCUAAAGGUAAAUACUUCCUUGAGUUAGAGGUGGAUAUUAGUUAUCCCAGCCAAUUUUGUGUCAUCUAUAUAUUUGAUAAGUAUUUUUUCCACCUCUUCAUCAAAAUGAUUAAUAAAAAUAUUGAAAAAUAAA